CACCUUUGUUGUUUUUGUUUUAAUUUUCAAUAAACAAUUGAAAUAUAUAUGUAAUGCCUGAGAGGCUGAUUUACAAGAAAAGCAAUGUCACUGCGAGCUCUAAAAAAGCGAGAAUUGGGUCCUGGCUAUCAAAGUAAUAGUGCAUUAAUAGCACCAACAACAACAAACGCAACUUCAACUCUCUUUAAGAAAGCCAGCUCGACAACAACAACUACGUCAUCCAAGCGCUCAUUACCUAGAUCAUUAACUAGAACGAAAGCGACGAACUUAGCCAUCCACAGAGAAACAAUCAUUGUAGGAAGGCGAACACAUUCCUGCCCUGACUUGAGACAGCGUCAUAGCAUAAGAGUAAAUAACAAGAACCUGUUGCGCAGCAAGUCAGAGGGGGAUGUUGGUAACUUUCUUCAAAACAAUUCUGGAAAUUUGUUAACAGCCGCCAACGCGAAAUCUGAAGUGUGCCUGCAGAGAAUAAGUUCGCAUACCUACGAGUCCUCGGCUAUUCCCAAUCCAUCAGUCGUAACCAUGCUUGGUGCCCGCUCACAUCGCGACCUCACGCAAUCGUCAUAUGGAGCUGAUGCUAAUGCUGGUUCCCGUCAGGAGCGACGAAUGAGCGAAUGCAGUAGUCUGGCUUACAGCCAGGCAACAAGUGGCGGUGGACGCACUAGCUCCAUAUUCGCCAGCCAAAUGACGCUAUCGUCGGGCAUCACGGCGGCAUCGCCUAUUAAUCCAAAUGCCCCUCUACGGGUGCCAAUUAUAGGCUACGAAGUAAUGGAAGAGCGUGCCCGCUUCACCGUUUACAAGUUGCGUGUGGAAAAUCCAGAAACAAAUGACUGUUGGCUGGUAAUGCGUCGCUACACGGACUUUGUGCGCCUCAAUGGCAAGCUAAAGCAGGCUUUUCCACUCAUAUCCUUAUCGCUGCCACGCAAGAAACUCUUUGGCGACAAUUUCAAUUCAGUCUUUCUGGACAAUCGAGUUCAAGGACUACAAAUAUUUGUGAAUUCGGUGAUGGCCAAGGAAGAGUUUCGCAAAUGCAAGUUAGUGCGCGAAUUCUUUUGCCUGGAUGAGCCCCCAUCGUAUUCCGAGUCCAUGGAGGAGUGCAGGGCCAUUUUUGAAGCUCAAGAGGAAACCAUUGCGCACUUGAAGUUGCAGAUACAGAAUAAAAAUGAUCUCAUACUUAGUCUGCAGCAAAAGCUACGUGAGGAAAUAAAUGAAAAGGAGCAACUGCGACAAGUCGUAAAGGACCUCAACUGCGACAAGUAGCCGGGUAUUGAGAUCAGCUGUAACCUGUGCUUGUGUACGAUAUUAUGCUGAGCAUAACUCUACACAGUCAUAUCAAAAUUUUUCACAACCAAGUGCAUAUCCCGCUCACUUUAUCAGUGGCUUAGUAUUCGUAUAUCUGUAUAGCUUAAAUAUCGAACUGCCCAUAGGUACUGCUGAAUAUAUAUAAUUUUUUUGAUAUGUAUUGAAAUGUGGGGCAAUUUACAAUUACUUGUAAACGAAGAUUUAUUUUAAAAUAAGAGCAAUAUAUAAUAUAUACUCCUUUACACUAAAA